GGAGACGUUGCAUUUUAGAGACAUGGAAGCCUUUAAACUUAUGAGGGAACUGAAGACAAAUUUCGAACAAGAGUCGAUCUAUCUGCCGAGGGAGAAGGGGCUGAACCUGCUGGAGACUACUCUUGAGAAUGACAAACAAAUCUCAGCAAAAUGCAGGGAUGCCAAAGUUGAAGAUCUUUGGAGCCUCACCAGUUUUUUUGGUUAUAGUACACAGACCUUUGUGCAGGCCGUCAACCUGCUGGAUAGGUUCCUGGCCAUGAUGAAGAUCCAACCCAAGCACUUAUCCUGCAUCGCCAUCAGCUGUCUCCACAUUGCAGCUAAGCUGGUUGAGGAGGAGUGCAACAUUUCAUCCUCCCAUGACCUUAUUCGUAUCAGCCAAUGCAAGUUCACCAUUUCAGACCUCAACCGAAUGGAGAAGAUCAUUUCAGAAAAACUGAACUUUCAGUGCAAAGCGGUCACAGCCUUUACCUUUUUGCACCUUUAUCAUGAAAUAACCCUCUUACAUACUUCAGAAAGGAAACCCCAUCUGAGCCUCGACAAACUGGAAGUCCAGCUAAAAGCCUGCCUUUGUCGAAUCGUUUUCUCAAAAGCCAAACCAUCAGUGCUAGCACUGGCCCUCCUUGCCCAGGAGAUUGAAGCCAUCCAGUCUGUAGAUAUGCUUGAAAUUUCCCAGUGUAUUCAAAGGCAUCUAAAGAUUGCUGACGGUGAGCUCUUGUACUGGAGGGAGUUGGUGGCCAAGUGUAUGACAGACUACUCUUCACCUGAAUGCAGUAAGCCAGACAACAAGAAACUGGUCUGGAUUCUAUCCAGGCGAACAGCACAGAAUUUGCACAGCAGUUACUACAGCGUCCCUGAACUGCCAACAAUUCCUGAGGGGGGCUGGGAUGAAAGUGCAAGUGAGGACUCUUGUGAGGACAUGAGCUGUGGAGAGGACAGCCUGAGCAGUGACACAGAAGUGCCCUGUUCACCACCCCCCUUUCACCAGCGCACCUCCGUUCCACACAGCCAAGACGACUCCACACACCUGGGUGCUGCGUGUCAUUUCUAGUUUUCAAAUGACUUAUUUAAACUGAGGUUUUUUUUUUGUGCUCGUCCUAAAUAUCUCAACACACAACAAAUCGAUAUACUGUACAUCUUUUUGGUUGUGUCUGAAGUUAAAUGUGGACAGGUACAGAACCGCAUUAUUCUGUGGCAGCUUUAACUCGAGUGAUCUCGAACCUCUGUAGCUGUAGGGUGUAGUAGUUUGUGCAAGUUUGGAUUCGCCACAUUCCAGGUGACUUAACAGCACAACGCUGAGGUGCAAUAAACCUAUAAACAAGGACUGUUCAAUGCUAGGGACAACUUUCCUAGACUGUGUACUUUGCACUGUUUUGUAUAUUGCGCAUGAUUUAUUUAUGGUGGAUGCUGUGGGGAGGUUGAAUGCCUGAAGACCGGCUAGGUUGUGUCACCCUCCCAGUUUUUUUUUUUUAGGUUGUUGAAAGUUGCAGAUUGUUUGCAUGGAGUAGAAAUAUUGUGUUUGUGUAAACUUAAAGGUGCCAACUGAAGCAUGAUUUAUUACUGUGUGAUAUAGUCAUUUUGAUUAUAUGGGAAAAUAAUGCUGACCGAAUGUCACAAUGUAAAAUAUGUUCAUACUGGAAAUGUAACUUUGUAAAAAGGCAAAAAAAAAACAACUUUGUUAUUAAUAUGCUGUAGACUAACUUAUUUUUAAACUAUUUUGAUGGUUGGCUAAAGGAAAAAUGCUGAUUAAAAAUACCUUUUUCAA